AUCUGGGAGUGGAUACUUUUCCUGUUCAGAUACAAUGCACUUUAACUGAAGACAAACUGAGCUGAACUACAAGUCUAUUUCUUAUGGUGCUGGAUCACUUCUACCGAACUGCCCUAAGAGCCACGGUCAGAGAGGGCUCUGCCAGACACAAGUCACCUUCUGAUUAUUACACUUAGCGCUCCCUGGGGACUUACCUUUGGGAAGUGUUCAUCUUUUACAUGAUCUCCUCCAAGAUGAUGAGCUCCAAUCCUGAUGGAGACCCCUUGGAAGUUUUUCUCCAGUAUAUUGAGGAUAUGGGCAUGAAGGCCUAUGAUGGCUUGGUUAUUCAGAAUGCAUCAGAUAUUGCUCGUGAGAACGAUCGUCUGAGAAAUGAAACAAACCUGGCCUACCUGAAGGAGAAGAAUGAAAAGCGUCGAAGACAAGAAGAAGCAAUAAAACGCAUAGGUGGAGAAGUCAGCUGUGGCCACGAAGGAAGCUACGUGGGCAAGCAUUUCCGCAUGGGCUUCAUGACCAUGCCUGCUCCUCAGGACAGACUCCCUCAUCCUUGCUCCAGUGGCUUUUCCGUGAGGUCCCAGUCCCUGCACUCAGUUGGAGGUACAGAUGAUGACAGCAGCUGUGGCUCGAGGCGACAACCACCACCCAAGCCCAAGAGGGACCCCAGUACCAAGCUGAGCACGUCCUCAGAGACGGUCAACAGCACAACCGCUUGCAAGAGUGGGAAGGUCGCCGAACGAACAGAAGCGCCAGCCAAGCCCAGACCCCACAGCGAGGAGUACUCCAAGAAGAUCCCUCCCCCCAAACCCAAACGGAACCCCAACACGCAGCUCAGCACGUCCUUCGACGAGACCUUCAUCAAGAAGCACGUGGCCAGGCGGACCUCGCUGCCCCGGGACUCGUCGCUGUCGCAGAUGCAGACGGGGGGCAGCCCGGCGGGGGCGGCGGCGGAGGAGGAAGAGGAGCAGGAGGAGGAGCCGGUGUACAUCGAGAUGGUGGGCAACCUCCUCCGCGACUUCCGCAGGGACGACGACGACCAGGGCGAGGCGGUGUACGAGGAGAUGAAGUACCCGCUCUUCGACGACGCGGGCCCCGACGCGCCCCGAGGGGACCCGGGCCAGCAGCACCCCGGCUGCUCCCCGCAGGGCGCGACGCCCACGGGGCCCGAGCCGGACGCGCAGCGGUGCCCCGGCGCCCCCGGCACGGCGCCCCCCAAGGGGCAGCUGUGCGACAUCCCGCCGCCCUUCCCCAACCUGCUGUCGCACCGGCCGCCGCUGCUCGUGUUCCCCCCGGCGCCCGUGCAGUGCUCCCCCAACUCCGACGAGUCCCCGCUCACCCCCCUGGAGGUCGCCAAGCUCCCCGUGCUGGACAACGCGUCCUACAUGAAGCCGCCCGCCUCCUCCGGGCCGUCCCCGUCGGCGUCGCUGCCCGCCGCCGGACACCCCAAAAUGGACAAGGAGCCCCCCCCGGGCGGGGCGCUGCUGUCGUCGUCGCCGCCCCCGCCGCCCGCCACGCUGUCCCGAACGCAGUCGCCCCACGGGUACCCCAAGAGCCACUCGGCCUCGCCGUCGCCCGUGAGCAUGGGCCGGGCGCUGACGCCGCUCAGCCUCAAGAGGCCGCCGCCCUACGACGCGCUGCACGCGGCCGGCCUGGCCCGGGGACCCGCGGCGCCCGCGCCCACCAGGCCGGUGUCCCAGGACGCGGGGAGGAUGGUGAGCGCCGCCGUGGGCGCGUACGGAGGAGGAGGAGGAGGAGGCGCGGCGCCCCCUGCAGGCGGCUCCCGCUCGCGCACCCCCACCAGCCCCCUGGAGGAGCUCACCAGCCUGUUCACCUCGGGGCGCAGCCUGCUGAGGAAGUCCUCCAGCGGCCGCAGGUGCAAGGAGCCCGCGGAGAAAUCGACUGAGGAACUAAAAGUCCGCAGCCACAGCACUGAACCAUUACCAAAGUUGGACGGCAAAGAAAGAGGACAUCACCCAGCUUCUUCCUCCAGAGAGCCUGUCAAAGCUCAGGAAUGGGAUGGGACACCUGGACCACCCGUGGUCACAAGUCGACUGGGAAGGUGCUCUGUGAGUCCGACCUUGUUAGCAGGAAGCCACAGCUCAGAGCCUAAAGUCAGCUGCAAGUUAGGACGAUCUGCGUCUACUUCAGGCGUGCCUCCUCCGUCUGUCACUCCUCUCAGGCAAGCCAGUGACAUGCCACAGAGCCAGGUGGCAUGUAUGCAGUGGUUUCAUGGAGACCAUACAAUGCUUGAGAUGAUUGAGAAAAAGCGUUGCUUGUGCAAGGAAAUAAAGGCUAGACAGAAAACGGAAAAGGGCCUUUGCAAACAGGAUAGCAUGCCUAUCCUGCCCAGCUGGAAGAAGAAUGCAGGUGCAAAGAAGUACAGCCCUCCACCCUAUUCGAAACAGCAAACAGUAUUCUGGGAUACUGCUAUAUGACUGUAGACGAUGGGACCAGCUCCACCGCGCUUAACGUGAAGAGAGAGAGGUCCACUUGGUCUGUGAUUAAGAAACUGUUACCUAUCUUCUCUGUCAGAAUGGAAUGCCAGUACUUCCCUGGAAAAUGUGUGGGAACUUGUUCAUGGCCAAGUUCAAAUGAAAUGUCUAUUUCCUUGCAAGUAAGGUACACUAAUUUAUCCCGGAUUAUUUUGAAUCCAGAAGAUAUUAAGAUGUAAAUAUUUUGCUAGUUUAUGGGUGACACCUGAGAUAAUACACAUUAUAAGAAUAUAAAUGACAGAAAUAUCAAGAGUUUUACUAUAUGAUAUAAUUUCGGUAUUAACUGGUUUGUUAUCUCUUUUAUAUGUAAUCCCUUGAUGCCUUUUAUUAAUUUUUGCAUUUAUGAUUUUUUUCUGCCCACAUUCAGCUUCUGUACAAGAGCUCACAACUAUAAAUCAUGUUUAAUCAUAUAACACAUGAUCUGGUGCUAGCAAAGUAGAAGUUGAAUAUCAUACCCUUUAAAGACAUCCAUUAAUUUGUAGAUUUAUAAGAUCUUGACAGGAAAUGAAUGCAAAGGGAUGUUUAAUUUGAAUGUCUAUGUUACAUCAACACCACUACUUUUGCUACAUUGGCUUUAUAAGAAUUUCUCUUCAAUAACACUUUGUUUAUUCUAAGCAAUGGCUAGUCAAACUCCAGAUAAAGUUAUGAGGGUACAUUUGGAUAUUUUUUUCCAGAAAAAAAAAGUUUCCUUCAGAAAUUACUCUAGGCAUGUGUGUCAGAGUACUGUUGAUCUGACUGGAGGAGACCAGGGUUCACUGUGACAAUGGAAGGAAGAAGGAAUCAAAAGCUGAACAUGACAAUUGCUUUUGUGCAAAUGGGGUCAGUGAUAUAAUAAUCACUGAAAUUAUUCGUUCUAAGUAACUUUUCAUGUGUUGUUUCUCCCCUAGAGAAUGAGAAAUGAAUAUCCCACUAGAAGAGUUUACAUAUUUUAGUAUAUAAUUGCCAAUCUUUCUCAAAAUUUAGAUCCAUUGAUGGAAUGGGAUUUCCUAUUGAUUUUUUUUUCUUCAAACUAGUUAUCACCACAUUUGGGGGGGGGUCAUAAUCUUCUGUGCAUGUUCAUCAAACCCAUUUUUACAGAUUAUGACACCAUGACCAAAGAUUUAUGGCCACCUGUUUAUUUUGUUUCAUGGAUAAAAAACAAAACAAAAAAAAUACAGGAGGUGAGGGAAGGUGAAUGGGUUGGAAUCAAUUUUAAGUGUUGAUGAAAUUUGAGUUAAACAAAUUAUAUAGAUGUAUAUCUUUUAAGAGUAACUUGCUAGUUAAAUAUAAAUUUUGCCACAGGUGAAUACAAAUGAAAUUAUCACAUAUAUUUUGUAUAUUUAAAUUACUAUUUAUGCUUCUUAAAAUUGACAAUAUGUGGUUCUUCUUUAUCAAUCAGCUUAGUAUUAUAUUUCUGAAAGAAGAAGUGUGAGUUGGAGGUUACUGUCAUAGCGGGUUUCCUUGUAAUGGUUUUGACAGCAAUAGCGCUGUGCUGCUCAAUAAAACCAAAUAUAGUAGGAGUUGGGAAAUUUUUGUAAUCUAUAUUGCUGAAAAUUGAGUAAUGCUUUAUUAAUAACUGUUCUUUUCAAACAUUUGAAAUGCUAUCAAAGAAUUUUCUAGUCUUUUAUAAUUAAUGUAUAUUUUGAUGCCCAAUUAGAAUUCUGAAAGAAUAAGGGUAUGAGGUAAGUGGGAGCAGGUGUAUCUGUUUUGUGUGAAUGUGUACACGUGAGUACUCAGUCAGAGAACUGUAGACAUAAGAUGCUUAAGUUUUGCUUGUAUAACUGGAGUGUUUAAAAGAAAACAGUGGAAUCACAAGUAUAGGAAAACAUGGAAAAACGUUAAGUAGCUGAAAUGAAUCCUGUGGCCAUUUUUCACCAGUUCUAGAUUAUGUUUCAAACCCAAUGAUCAGUGGUGCCCGCAUCUAAGAGGUGAUGAAAUAUAUCAGAGUCCAAUCAGAUUUGAAAUAAAAUGCAACUUGUUAUCCUGGUCUAGGUUAUUCUGGCCACAUAUGUUCAAAACAGUCAGUCAAACAUAACAUAUCAACUCUCAGAGUCUUUAUGAUGAUCUUGGUAUGUAAUAUAGAUAUUUAGACUCAGUAAGGUGAUGGUUGGAUAAUACCCUUGAACUUUGUAUUUAUGUAAUACAGGCAAGUGUGUAUACUAUAUACAGAUCUUUCACUUCUCUGAAAUAUACAGAAAAUGCUUUCCCCCAGUUUUGUGGCAGUUAAUUGUUUACAGUACCGUUGUUGACGUAUGGGUAAGACUUACCGUCUCAACAGGAUAGUUAUCCGCAAAAGUCUCACCACCGACUUAGUCCCUUUUCCACAAAAAUGCUUUUGGAUGCUAUUUACUUCUCAAGAAGGAAAUAGAGGCUCCAAGUCGAUGUGGGCUGGAUUCAGCCACGCCCAUUCAUCCCUCCACAGACAUGUUAUUGUCAGGAUCCAAGCACCCUUUUACAAGCAAGUUAUUUUCUGAGGAGAAGAUUUAUUUGAAAACUUAGUGUUCAGUAUAUAUUUCCAUUUAAUUGACUGAAAUGUCUUCUUCAAUGGGAAGUAAGUGAAAGAUCCAGAAUAGGGCUUCACAGAUACUUAGUUCAAGUACUGGUAUCUCCUGCCUUUACAGUUGCCUGUUUUGGCUUAGCAUAUGUGGCAUUAACCAUUCUAUCUUUAAUUUUUUCUUUAUGUAGUUGUUCUGUGGUGAAAAAGAGGUCAUUAGGGUAGGGAGAAAAACAAGCUUAUUUUCUGGGGCAGUCAAUCAGAAUACUUUUACCUGUGAAUUCAGUCAUAUGGUAAAAGUUUUCUUUUUAAUGCCUGAACACUAUAAAAUGAUAAAGUUCAGAUAUUUAGCAAUGCCAAAGAAUAAAUUGUAUCACAGCCAGGUUAUCAGGUUGAAAGAGCUCAGACCUAUGAAAUAAGUUCUUUUCAUGGAAAAUUUUAUAGAACCUGAAUUUUAUUGGCUGUCAGCAAGGUGCUUUUGUAUGUGAAAAAAAAAAAUCUUCUUAGUCGAGAAGAGACAAAUUUCUUUAAAAUUGAUGGAAGAAAAAAAAAUAAAGCAAAAUUUUGCAUUUCUGCCUAAUCCCAUGAGCCGUUAGUAUCUUCUGAGGUACAAAGAGUACUUUUUGCAUAAAUGAUGCCACCUUUGGCCUGCACUUAUGCUCUUGAAGCAAUCUGGAGUUAAAGUGAUUGCCUUGUCUAAAUGAAGAUUAAUGUCCACCACGGAAAGCAGGGGCAGGGAAUGAAACAAAGCAAAACCUUAAGAGGUUAAUUUUUUUAGUCUUAAGAAUAUAUAUAUUUAAAUAAUCUUUGGAAUUAUUCUUUUGACUAAAUAAGACAGCAAAACCAUGCACCUAUAAUGUAACUUCAAUAUUAAUCAUAGAUUAAGGUAAACUAGAUGCCUAAGUAGUGAGAAGGUUGUGAUCUGAUUAUGGUUACCCAUGAAAGUAAGAAAAGACUCCUGUGAUAUAGGCAAUAAGUAAUUUGAGAUGAGUGAUAAUUUACUCUUGCAAAAGAAUUAAAGAAAAGCAAUUCACAAUUUGUUGGGUCCCCAAAUUAAGUGAAAGUGAAAAGAAAAAUGGCGUCUACAUUAUGUAAAAUUAACAUUCCCACAGAAGGAAUUAUCUGUUUGUAGAAUUGUAUGAUUUAUUAAUCCAUUUAUGAAUUCAUAACUGAGCAACAUAUACACAAAUUCUUUCUUUUCUUUAAUUCUUAAGUACCUGGAAUUAAACAUUCUAAAAGGUCUGACCCCUUAUUUCAAGGAGUUUAAUUAUGCGAUCAUUAAAAUAGUUAAAAAGAAAGCCAAUUGUUUUAAGAGGAUAUAUAAUAUCACCUGUGUUUAACAUCUCUUAUGUGUUUAUAUAUUGUAUUAUUUAUUCAUAUCAAGUGUACAGUCAAAAUAAAAUGCUGAAACAUAAUACGGUGAUUGUCUUACAUAUAAACUAUGUUUCUGUGUAAACCCUGUAAGCACACAUAGGAUAUGUACUGGUGUCUAUGUAAGUCAGUAAAAAGAUAGCACAUUUUGCCACGUCGGACUUGAACAUUAUGAUUUAGGGUUUGGAUUGACUUAAAAACCCUUUGAUAUUUGGGCCAAUUAUGUAGGAGAAAAAUCAGUGUAAUCUGCAAAAAAUAAUAAUAAUAAUCUGAUUAUAUUUAUCUUUAAAUAUAAACUUAAGGAUUU